ACAAAAAAGAAGAACAAGAACGGUAGGAUGGAUACACAAUUUGAAGCUGAUUUUACCCGCCAACAACUGUCAUCUGAAAUAUCUGUAUGUAUUGAACCAUUACAACUGUCAGUGAAGCGGAGUGAGGAAGAAGGGACUGAUGUCAUUCAAGAGUACCCUGCAGUGCUUAAAGCCUUAGCCUGCAAAGAAGAAAAUUAUUCACAAACUGAAAAGAAAGAAGAAUCUGAUGUCCUUUAUGAGUAUGUGACUGUGGUUCAGGAAGUGAAAGCCACGCCGAGACUAGACCUUGACGCCUUGACCUGCAAAGAAGAAAAUUGUUCACCGACUGUAGGCAAAGAAGAAUCUGAUUUAGGAGAAUAUGACGCCAUUGACCCGUCUCUGUUGCAUGUUCCGAGGAUUCAGCCUCACAAAAUACGGACCACGGAGGAAAAGAGAAGCGGAGUGAGAUGUCACAGUCACUCCAAUUCCAGCAAAUCUUCACACCAGAAAUUAAGUCACAGCUUGGACAUACCGGACAAACAAUAUAAAGGCUCCUUGUGGUUCAAAACUUCACCUGAACCUGCUGCUCUUGCACGUCAUGGACAAACACACGCUGGAGAAAAGCCCUACCAGUGUAGUACAUGUGGGAGUAGCUUUAGGUGCAGCUCCCACCUCGCCAACCAUCAGAUCACACAUACUGGAGAAAAGCCACAUCAGUGUUCUGAGUGUGGAAAAGCCUUUAGUCAACUUUGCCAUCUCAAGAAACACGAGAAGGUCCACACUGGGGGAAAGCCUUAUGAAUGUAGUACAUGUGGGAAGGGUUUUAGGAUUCGCUCAAAACUCGCCAUGCAUGAGAAAAUACAUAUUGGCCAAAAGCCUUAUCAGUGUGCUACAUGUCAGGUGACAUUCAGGACUAGCUUGCAACGCGCCGUGCAUGAAAUCAUGCACACAGGAGAGAAACCUUAUCAUUGUACCACAUGUGGGAAGAGUUUCCGGAGGAGCUCGCAUCUCGCCGACCAUGCGAAAAUACACACGGGAGAAAAGCCAUACGGUUGCAGCACGUGUGGGAAGGCGUUCAGGAGUAGAUCUCAACGUGAUGUUCACGAGAUCACACACACAUAUGUAGCGAAGCAGCAUCGGUGCACUGCAUGUGGAAAGGCCUUUAGGAAGGAUUGUGAGCUCAAGAGACACCAGAUAGCUCACAGUGAGGAGAGGCCUUAUCAGUGCACUGCAUGUGGGAAGGCCUUCAAGACCAGCUCACAUCUAGCAGGUCAUGAGAAAAUACAUACGGGACAAAGGCCACAUCAGUGCACUGUGUGCGGGAAGAGUUUCAGGACUAGGUCCUAUCUCCUCUACCAUGAGAUGAGCCAUACGGAGGAAAAGCCACAUCGUUGUUCUGAAUGUGGAAAGGCCUUUAGGGUGAAGAAAGAUCUCAACAAACACCAGAAGAUCCAUACCGGGGAGAAGCCAUAUCUGUGUGCUACGUGUGGAAAUAGGUUCUUAAGUAAGACAGAACUUACUUCACAUCAGAGGACGCACACGCAUGAAAAACCCUACAAGUGUUCUGUGUGUGCAAAGGCCUUCACACAACCCGGUACUCUGAAGACACACCAGAGGGUCCAUACUGGGGAGAAAGCAUUUCUGUGUACUACCUGUGGGAAGCAUUUUAGAUAUAGCUCUCAAUUCAAUGUACAUCAAAAGAGACAUAGAGGUGAAAGUACACAUCAGUGUCCCGAAUGUGGAAAGGCCUUUAUGACAAACUGUGAGCUGAAAAUACACCAAGUGGGCCACACAGGAAUAAAGCCGUAUCAGUGCAGUGCGUGUGGGAAGAGUUUUGGUUGUAAAUCAAGUCUCACCAGACAUCAGAAGAAACAUGUAUAAGAAAAGCCGUAUCAGUGCAGUGCGUGUGGGAAGAGUUUUGGGUGUAAAUCAAGUCUCACCAGACAUCAGAAGAAACAUGUACAGUAUAACCCAUGCUAAAGUUGACUAAAAAGAGGAAUAUAAAAUCAUCUGUUAGAAA